UGGGUACAAGAUAAAAGGCGGAAACUUCGAACGAUCUGUGGAAGAAAAAUUGUGUUGAUGUUUUUUUAAUCACGGCAACCAUGAGUUUUGAAUUUCUGAUUCCCGUUGCCCGGGAUGACCUGCUGAACAAAACAGAUGUAUCACAGUUUGUUGUUGAUGAGGUGUUAUCACCAAGAGAGUUACCAGGUGCCCUUCAUGAACUGAAGACAAACCUCAGAGCUCAUGGUGCUCGCAUAAUUCUGGAGAAUUUUGACGUCCUGUUUAGUGUUCUUUGCUUACAAAAAGAUCUUCCUCAGGACCUGAAGGAGGAUGCCUGGGAGCUUGUUGUGAAGAUUACGAAAUCCUUGUCAAAUGACCUUGCAAAUGUUCUGGAAGAUGCUCCCCCUGUUAAGGAAGAGAAAAAAGCCAGUCUCAAUAUGGUCAAGAUGGUCUGUUACCUUCUGUGUCAGUACAUGGAAAUGUUGGAUGCAGAGGACUCCAAACCAAGUGCUACACAGCUGGUUAAUGCAAAGGGCCGUGCUAAGUCCAACAAAUCAAAGAAGGGGAGUACAGGGAUGGAUUGGGAUGAGGAGCGAGGGAUGGGACUUAAAGCCCUACUUCAUCUCGUGUCACUCAACAUACACAGGCUGUGGGACCCGCCAAUACCUAAUGAGGAGUUUGUCAACCUGGUUACAAAUUGUUGUUACAAGUUAUUUGAGAAUCCUGGACUAGCUUAUGCAUCUGCCAUGGAAACAAGACAAGUGAUGAAUCACAUCUUAGCUGUCAUGGUGAAAAGCUACAACCAUAGUCUGGGCUGCAGUCUGAAGGUGGUACAGUUGGUCCAACACUUUGAACAUCUCGUUGUUCCCUUGGCCCAGACACUACAGGUCAUCACAGAGGAAUUCGGGGUCAAAACAGUUCUGUGUGAAAUUACAAGAGAGAUUGGGCGUCUGGCUCCAGAGGAUGCCGUCAAGGACUCUGCAGGAACUCGUAACUGUUCCACCUUCCUGGUGGAGAUCGCUGACAGGAUCCCAGCGUUUGUGCUGCCCAACAUGAGUCUGUUGCUGUGUCACCUCGACAGUGAGCCGUACAUCAUGAGGAACUGUGUGCUCGGUGUGAUUGGAGAGAUACUAAUUAAGGUUCUCAAUAAGGACGGUCUGGACGACAAAACCAAGGCCACCCGUGAUCAGUUCCUCGACAACUUGGAGGAUCACGUCCACGACACUAAUGCUUAUGUCAGGAGCAAAUGUCUGCAGAUCUGGACAGCAAUAGUGAACGAAAAGUGCCUCCCGCUGAGUCGACAGGUCAGUUUGACCACUCUGGUCGUUGGUCGACUCCAAGACAAGUCCAGUUCAGUCCGCAAGCAAGCACUCCUGUUGGUCACCAACCUGUUCAAGUGUAACCCCUAUGCAGCUAAGUUUUCGGUGAAAGAAUUGGAACAGAAUUAUGAAAAUGAGGCAGAAAAAUUGAAACAGAUGAUGAAGGAGGAGGAGGAGGAAAAUGGUGGACAAGGAAACCCAAUACUAGGAAAGCUGGAGGCUGACUGGCGCGUGAUGGAGAUAAAGAUAAGUGAGGCACUCCUCGACGAGGGAGAAUCACAGGACACUGAGGAGAAGGAAGAAGAGGAAGGAUCACAAACUAAACCCUCCGAUCCUCUUAUCACUGAUGAGGACACUCCGGACAGUGUGACAGAGAGAGUGAUGACCCUUCUGAUGGAAGAGAAGCGGUGUGCUGCCCACAAGCUGAUGACCGCAAUGGUGGCAACCUACCCUGACCUUACACAAGAGGCCUCUCAGCAGAGUGAAAGAACGGAUUCACAAGACUCAUCUCAGGGAGACGGCUCAGACAUUAUACAGUGUCUUAAAAAAAUAUUUAUGAGACAGAGGAGAGGUAACUUAGAGCUGGCAGCAGAAGCUGUUCAAAGUCAAAUGUCCGAGGACCAAUGUGGAGUGGUCAGUGAUGUGUCAAAACAACAGGUGCUCACCUGGUACCUAAGGGACACACUGGCCUUUGCUGUGGAGACAGAGAAAGCCUUUCCGGUAAUCUGUCGUCUGUUGGGAUCAGAGAAUGUAUCUGAUGUCCUAGGAGCUGUAGAAUUCUUUGUGACUGGGUUCAAGUUUGGUCUGUCCUCAGCCAUGCAGGGAGUGCGGCGCAUGUUGCCACUUAUCUGGUCCAAGGAAUCAGGUGUGAAGGACGCUGUUGUGGAUGCUUACAAAAAGAUGUACCUAUCUCCGGAAGGCAACAGUCAAAGAGCUUGUGCCCUGGCUGUAGUGAAGAACCUGUCAGCUCUGACGUUCGGUGUUACUAUCGGAGAUUUAACGUCUCUGGAAGGCUUGAUGAUGGAGCUGAUGAAGACAGGAGACCUAGAAAGCACUGUGAUGAAAAUUCUGUGGGAACGGUUCACACUGAAAAUCCCAGACACAUCAGCUGAGGACAGCCGAGCUGCGAUCUUGCUUCUGUCUAUGGCUGCAGGGGCUGAUAACACAGUGGUGCGGAGUAACAUCAACGUGAUGGUCAGUGAGGGACUAGGACCACGAGCUGAGUCCGACUUCAUGCUUGCCCGAGACACCUGUCUGGCACUCCUCAAACUCUCAAACUCAAAGAGGAUGAAGGGCCAGGUGGCUGGUAAGCCGUUCCGUCUGCCCCAGGACCACGACAUGUUUACCAGACUGUCACACAUCCUCGUCAAAGGUGUUGCUGAUGUGGAGAACAGAUACUGGAUCCCACUAGCAGAGCAAGCUGUCAAAGUCAUCUACAAGCUUUCUAAUCAUCCUGAUGCUGUGUGCGGGGAAAUCAUCCGCAAGGUCAUCAACGAGUUCCAGAGAGUUAAUGAGGCAGAUAAACCAAGUGACACACCCAUGGAUACAGCUAGCGACACACCCACGGAUACAGCUAGUGACACACCCACAGAUACAGCUAGCAACACAACCACGGAUACAGCUAGUGACACACCCACAGAUACCCAGACAGACACUGGCCCGUCCGUGGAGGUCAGUCAGAAGUCUGUGGUGGUGCUGACCCGUGUCCUGUCACUGGCUGGACAGGUGGCCUUUAGUCAGAUGGUUUACCUUGAGAGUGAUGUUCUAGACGAACUCAAGCGCCGCCGCGCUAGCAAGGAAGAUUCCGGCAAAACUCCAGCUCGACAAAACAAGAAAGCCCGAGAGAGUAGCGCUUCUGAGGCCAUUGAGGAGGAGUUAGGUUUAGCAGGCGCAGCUGCUGAGGAUGCAGAGGCAGAAUAUAUCCGUAAAGUCUGUGAGAGGGACAUCGUCACUGGUAAAACUCUACUAGGUGCCCUGGCUCCUGUUAUUGUGGCUGUAUGUACCAAUCAGGCCAAGUAUUCAGACCCUGAACUACAGACCGCCGCGUCACUAGCUCUCUCCAAGUUCAUGAUGGUCAGUUCUGAAUUCUGUGACACCCACCUACAGCUGUUAUUUACCAUCCUAGAGAAGACCUCCCACGCUACAAUCAGGGCGAACAUCAUCAUCGCCCUCGGUGACCUCACCUUCCGUUUCCCAAACAUGAUUGAACCCUGGACCCCACGCAUAUAUGCCAGAUUGCGGGACGAGUCGACGUUGGUGAGACAGAACACACUGCAGGUUCUCACACACCUCAUACUGGAUGACAUGGUGAAAGUGAAGGGUCAGAUCAGUGAAAUGGCCACAUGCUUGGUGGACCACAACGAAAAAAUCUCCAGUUCGGCCAAAAUAUUCUUCACCGAGUUGUCUAAAAAGGGAAAUGCCAUCUACAACAUUAUGCCCGAUCUAAUCAGUCGUCUUUCUGAUCCCGACGUCGGAGUAGACGAGGAGCACUUCAGAACAAUACUCAGAUACUUGUUUGCCUUCAUACAGAAGGAUCGACAGUGUGAGAGUCUGGUAGAGAAACUCUGUCAACGCUUCCGGGCUGCCAGGAAUGAGAGACAGUGGCGUGAUCUGUCCUUUUGUCUCUCCAUGUUGUCCUACAACGAAAAGAGUCUACGCAAACUCCAGGAAAACUUUGUGUGUUUUGCUGAUAAACUGGCUGAUGAUGAUGUCUACUCCUGCUUCGUCUCCAUCAUAACAAAAUCUCAGUCAUCCUCUAAACUAGGAACAAAGGUGGCUGCCCUGGCACCUUUACUGACAGAGUUAGAGGAGCGCCUCGAACGUUGUCACAAUAAAGGAAUGGAGGACGAUGAAAUAACACAGAAAGCCAGCCAGGCCAGUCAGCGAGGCAAGACACCGCGCAAAACUCCAGCUCGGAAGGGCAAGGCUGGGCGACGCACUAAAAAGGUGAUCUCUGACAGUGAGGAUGAUGAUCCUCAGGAGAACAAGACACCGAUAGUAAGACGACAGACACAACGGAAAGCGAAACCUAAAGUAUCGUUUGAUUCCGAUGAAGACAGUGACUUGGAAUUGUUUGAUCUGGAUAAAUCUUGUACAGAGGACAGCCAGAGCCAAGAAUCAGCUAGCCAGAAAACCCUCGAGUCGUCAGACGAGGAGGAUCUCAUGCCAGUGAAAAAACAGACUCACCGGGGAGGAAAGAAAAAGACGAGACCUCUUCUGACAGUCAACUCUCCGAGAUAAGGACAUAUGAGGGAUCACUAUUCCCUAAAAAUUAUACUGACAGAGAUUAGAACAUUUGCCAAGCAAGGUGGACUGAUUCAAUUGGACAUCAUUUCUGAUUAUCCAUAUGUUCAUUCAACGAAAUAUCUGUUUGGGGUGUUCUCUGUAAAAGUCAUCCUCUUUAGAAUGUUUUUUCCUUUUUUCCCUCUCUCCUCUGCCUCCCUCAACACCUAUUUCCUCACUGCUUUGUCUGUACAUGAAUUACCUGUCAUGUUAACAUAACAUUCACUCAAAAUUAAUUGAUGCACUAUUCAGUAAUUGUGGUGCAAAAAAUAAUUCAUGAAAGCAUUCAAAGACAUUUUUCGACUUGAUAUUCUAUUAAUAGGACACUGUUAGUCAUAUAAGACCUUACCAGUGGAUGGUCCAUAAAGAAAUAAUCAGAAGCAUGGGAAAUAUGAAUAACUGCAUCAUCAUGUAUUGUUGAAGAAUUUUCAAUUUACAGAUAUGCACUUGGACUACCAAUAAAAAAUUAUGA